AUGAUGCGACCACGCCCGAUCGUUACCCGGUGCCCCACAUUCAAGACUUUUCCGUACAUUUGGCGGGGAAGUCCGUGUUCUCUAAAAGUGGAUCUGGUGCGGGGUUACCACCAAGUCCGGUGCACCCUAGCGGACAUCCCGAAGACAGCAGUGGUGACUCCUUUCGGGCUGUUCGAGUUCCUCAGGAUGCCUUUUGGCCUGAAGAACGCAGCCCAGUCGUUUCCAGCGGCUAAUGGACUCGGCACUCAGGGACAUGCCUUUCAUCUUCGUCUACUUGGACGAUGUCCCCUCUGUCGCCAGCUCCUCGGAGGAGGAGCACCUGACACAUCUCCGAGUUCUUUUUACACGGCUCGACCAGCACGGCUGAUCAUUAACCCGGCUAAGUGUGUUUUUGGGGUGCCGUACCAUAAAGUUCCUUGGGCAUCUCAUCACCAGGCGGUCGUUGGUGCGGUCCAGCUCGGACUAGACUACGAGCGUAUGGGUGCAGACCAGCCGCAGACCGCACCCUUCAGUCCCCUCAAGGACUCCGGACACUGGACUGCAGCUGGGAAAGGUCGCGGUCGGCGCUUCUGGGGUCAGGUUGUGCGUGCUAAGGUUUUUGUUGUUCCGGAGAGGAGGUUUGACCACGUUAACAUCGACCUGGUGGGGCCGGCUUCCCCCUUCACGUGGUUUCACUUACCUCCUCACGAUGGUAGACAGGACGACGCGCCUGGCCUGGAGGCUGUUCCCCUCGCCUCUAUCACGUCUGCCGAUGUGGCUCGGGCGUUCAUUGGCACGUGGGGGUUUACGCGUUUCGGUUUACCUCGGAGAUCUGGAACGCUGUGGCGGGGGGUUUGGGUGUCAAGUUGCACGCACCCACCGCAUACCACCCCCAGGCUAACGGACUGUGUGAACGUUUCCACCGCCUAUGAAGGCUCCCUUCGGGCCAGCCUGACGGACGGCAACUGGGUGGACAAACUGCGCCUGGGGUCAUGCUUGGCCUUAGGAACCGCCCCAAGGAGGAUCUGCAGUCUCUCGUCUGCCGAGCCUUGUUUACGGCCAGCUUUGCGGGUGCCUGGGGAUUAUAUACCGGAUGCUACGAGGACCUUGGUCCCUGCUACCGAAACAGCGCGGUCCUCCCUGCGGGAGGUGGCCACGGGGUUUGCGCCUGUUCCUACGUCGCAGCACUGCUCCCCUGAGUCCCGGAUGCCCGCUGGCCUCCGCUCUGCGUCGUUUGUUUUCGUCCGCCACGACGCCCACCGUGGACCGCUGCGUCCCCCUUACGACGGCCCGUUUAAGGUUUUGCAGCAUGGGGACAAGAGCCUGGUCGUGGACAUUGGGGGCCCCACGCCGCGGACGCCCCCCAGUACUUUGUUCCCCUGGUCAGUCGGGAGUUCCUUCGACCGGGACGGUGCCGGCUGCGUCCCCGCUUCCCUCACCCCUCAGCCCCUGCCACAUGUACUCGGAGUGGUCGGCCAUCAUUCCAUUCCGGAGUGGGGAUUUUGA